AUGACGCCUGGGGCCCUGACUAUCAACUACCACCCGCAGCAGCCGCCGCUGCUGCUGCUUGCUGCUGUGCAGCUGCAGAACCUCCCCCCUAAACUUCUUUCUUUUGCCCCCACAGAGCAGCAGCAGCAGCCAGGAUUCGUCCUCCUGCAGCAACACCAGCAGCAGCAGCAGCAGCAGCAGCAGCAGCAGCAGCAGCAGCAGGCGGCUGAGUUUCUCCUUCCUGAGUUCGAAGCCGCCAAACGCAUCGCCUCCAUCACCCCUCAGGGGCAGGCGCUGCUGCUGGAUGCUGAGGGUGAGGAGUUGUUUGUGUCUGUGUUAUCUCUGCUGUCUGGAACAGCAGCAGGAACAGGGGCUGCAGCAACACCGCCCGAGCAAUGCCGCAGCAACAGCAGUUUUCUGCAGCAGCAGCAGCAGCAGGAGCAACAGCAACAGGAAGACCACCGUCCGCACCACCACCGCCACCAGCAGCAACAGCAGCAGCAGCAACAAAAACAGCAGCAGCAGCAGCAGCAGCAGGAUUUGUCUGCUAGAGGAAAGGCAAAGCCGCAGACACAGGCCUCCUAUGAAGGUGCGUAUCUCUGCCCCAGCUGCAGCAGCAACAGCAGCAGCAGCAGCAGCAGCAGCAACAGCAGCAACAGCAGCAACAGCAGCAGCAGCAGCAGCAGCAGCAACAUAUUUGUUUCAUAUAUAUAUAUAAUAGCGUUGCCUGCCAGCAGCAGCAACAGCAGCAACAGCAGCAACAGCAGCAGCAGCAGCAGCAGCAGCAACAUAUUUGUUUAA